AUGGGAAAUGAUAAUUUUAAAAAUCAGUUUAAAAUAUUAAUAAAUAUUGGAGAAAAAUACAUAUUUAAUAAAAUAAAUGAGGAUAAAAAAUGGUCAAAUAACGAGCUUUUUGAAAUUAUUUGUGAAUUAUACGAAUUAAUUCAAAUAAUUAAUGGGAAUGAAAUUGGUAUAAAUUUAAUUGAAACUGAUAAAUUAAUUGAAGCCAGAAUGUUAAUUUUGUCAGAACAUUUGAAAGAAAUUUUGAAUUAUGAGAGAAGAGUGCAUUUAAAGUUGCUGAAGCAGUGGGGGGCUAAACAUAGACUUGUGGAAUUUUUUCUUGGAUUGGAAAAUGUGGAGAUUAAUUAUAAGGAAUUGUUAGGAAUUUUUGAUUUUAGUAAGUUUGUUUAA